GCCGAGCUCGGGCUGUUGCAUACACACAUACACACACACUCACUCACUCACACGCACACACACACGUACACACACUCACACGUACGCACACGCGUUCGCGCAUUCGCCGGAGCACGGAGUGCUUUCAGGGAGGAUUUCGGGCAAACACCAACAACAAAUAGAACGGGGAUGUUGUGCUGAGCUGAUCUGAGAGCCACAUCGACCCAAGCAGGUCCGAUCCAUCCUUUCAGCACUUUUUUUUAUUUUUAUUUUAAUUUGAUUUCAUUUUUUUUUACCGCCCUCCCCUGAAACAGCGGGGAGAGCGGGGUGCAUUUUUACGCACUGGCGUCGCUCCGAGGCGGACCGGACUGCUCGCAGCGCGAUCCUCACGCUGGGAGCCGGGAGGCGUAUUUACAAUAGAAACUCAAUUCCUUUGCGGAGAAGAAUAGCAAAGGAGAGAAGGGGAGGAGGAGUGAAAGAUAACACUGGAAUGAGGAGGACCUCCAGAUUCCUGGCGUGCUGUGGAGUUGUGACUGAUGGAUGAAUGUGGUCAUCUGUAGGCUAAAAACGGGCGACAGGUACGGACACCAGCGGGGGAGCCUUUGACUUGAGUCUCGAUCGGCUCGGAUUGUUGGGAGUUUUUUUUUUCUUCCUUUCUUUUUUGGCCCCACAGGGUUAAGGAACAAAAAAAAAAAAAAAAGGUUCUCAGCCACAGGUCAUACAGGACACUCGUUGUGGGGGAGAAAAGGAGGGGGUCCUUUUCUUCCAGAUCAUCCUGCGCGCACAUCAGAUCGCAUCAGUUCAGAUCGGCCAAGGACAAACAAACACAAGGGGAAAGGAGAAAGAGAGGGGAAACCUGGAGCCGAUCUGAAGAAGAAGUCGGACAGGGAGACAUGUAUCUGACAGCGACCUCGCAUGCUCCCGACUGAUCCCAGCUCACCUUCCCACGGGCCGAAAGCAGCAGAUAAAGGCUUGGCUAAGGCGCAGCGCAGCGCAGCGCCCCGUCGCUCCGGCUUCUUCGGCUCCCUCUCCUCCGCGCGAAUUGCCCUCAGCAUGGCGAGGCUCGGAUGUUGGAAGUAUUACCUCUGGAUGUUUAUUCUAAUGUGCAGGUCGGCGCUACCCUCGGCGAAGUCGCUGGAGACUAUCAUUUGGAGCUCGCAGAAUACCAAGUUUGUUCCUGGAAAAGGUCUUGUGAUCUACCCAGACAUCGGGGACAAGCUGGAUAUCAUCUGCCCCAAAGCGGACCAAGGACGAGAUUACGAGUUCUACAAGCUGUACCUGGUGAAGAGAGAGCAGGCGGAGAGCUGCAGUACGGUACUCGACCCCAACGUGCUGGUGAACUGCAACAAGCCUGAGAAGGACAUCAAGUUCACCAUCAAAUUCCAGGAGUUCAGCCCCAACUACAUGGGCCUGGAGUUCAAGAGGAACGUCAACUACUACAUCACCUCAACCUCCAAUGGCACGUUCGAGGGCCUGGAGAACCGCGAGGGAGGCGCGUGCAAGAGCCGAGCCAUGAAAGUCAUCAUGAAAGUCGGACAAGUCCCGAACGCAGCGAACCCGGAGGCGCCGGAAACUGAAAAGGAGAACCAAAUACCGGAGUCCAGCAGUUCCGGUCCACCCGACCCGGGCAAGAUUGGGCCGGUGAUGCCAGGAAUCCCUGGCCCGAAGAUACAGGAGGAGCCUGGGUCCUCUGCCAAUUCCGAAGGCUUCUUCAGCUCCAAGGUGGCCGUGUUCUCCGCCAUAGCGAUCGGCUGCAUCAUCUUCCUCGUGCUGAUCCUGCUCGUCGUCAUCCUCCUCAUCAAGAUUCGCAAGCGCUCCAGGAAAAAUGCGCACGCGCAGGCCCGCCCCUCAGCACUGUCGCUCAGCACGCUGUCUAACCCCAAGCUGCCCGGCGGCACGGCCGGCACGGAGCCCAGCGACAUCAUCAUCCCCCUGCGGACAGAGAACAACUACUGUCCCCACUACGAGAAGGUGAGCGGGGACUACGGUCACCCGGUCUACAUCGUCCAGGAGAUGCCUCCGCAGAGCCCCGCCAACAUCUACUACAAGGUCUGACGGGGUUCAAGGGGUCAGCGGUAACGGCCGGGAGGGAGAUAAAGAGGAGCGCUUGAUUUACGUUCUUGGGAAGAACACUUUCCUUCACGUUUUUGGGGAGGGUUUUGAAGCCCCCUGUUAUUUGUACCACCUGCUGCACAAAUCUGGAGAAACACGUACCGACCAGUCACCAGCGGGGUUGGGAGCGGACUGACAAGAGAUCCUGUUUAUUUGGCUUCUCUGAUGAUCCCCAGCCCCCCCGUUCACCCCCGACCAUCGUCCCUCUGCACCCUCACCUCCCUCCCCCACCCCCCCUGCAUCUCCCCAACUGCUGGAGAGUCGGGAGCGGAGCAACCGACCAACAGAGGGAACUUUAGCUUUGCGGUUUGCUAUCCCUGCUAACGGACCGGAUAGAACUUAUCUCGGCUCCCCGACGUACAGUCUGUGCUACACCCAAUUAAACACGCCACCCCGGCACACGCCAGGCCGGGAAACACAGGCUGGGGGACACGGGGGGGCCGGAGAGCUGCUCACCCUGCCGCUGGUGUGCAAGCCAGAAAGGAACAAAAAGAUACAAAAAGGCGAAGGUGUGCACGUCUUUGUGUGCGCGCCUUUGUGCAUGAGUCGGGGAGCCCCGUUGCUGGGCCAGGAAAACUCUCCAGAUAGCUCAGGUAUCUUACACGGUGUGUGAUAUAAUGUGCUCCUCUCCCUUACGCACCUCUGAUGUUUGCCUUACUUACUAUUUUUGAUGGAGGAUUUCCUUGAACCCUGAUUAAGUUCACAAAGCAGUUGUAUUUUGUUAGACUUUUCCUACGAGUGCACAAUGUAUAGAACUAAAGUGAUCAUCGCCGCGACUCCAUCUGCUCACCGCCCACGUCAUCUCGUUGUUUUCACUCUCUCGAUAUGGACUUUAACCUGGAGUCUAGCUACCGAGGGGUGUAUGUGUAUGUCUGUGUGUGUGUGCGUGUGCGUGUGGACCCCUCCCUCCUGCUGCUCUGAUAUGAGUUCCAGCACUGCUCUGGCAUCUGUGUGUAUUUCAGGGUGUGUCCUCGGCGAAUGUGGUUGGACAUGUCCGGACCAGUGUUCCCCAUGAGGGGAGACUUUAUUGGAUUUGAUGCAGAGAUAAUGUAGCCUGAGCUUAAAAAAAGGAGGCUGAUGUGUCGACAGACAGACAAGAUCUAACAAACACACUUGAGCGCCACGGUUGGCAGCGAUCGGAGAUCUUGCCGUCGGAUCGGCUUUCAGACAGACCAGGCAGGUCGGUAUUUGUUCGCUUUCUCUUCUGCAGCCACAGUUCAAGCAUCAAAAAUGUGAGUUUGGGGCGUCGGUCGGAUGGCUCUCCCUGAUUGGCUGGCCUACAUAGGCACCACGCCCAACAUAUAGGUUUGGAUGGAGAGCUGGAAUACAGUAUCGUCAGAUGCCAAUUGGCCGCCAUCUGUAGAUGAGUCAGUGGAGCGCAGAGUCGGCUUCGGCGCCAGCAUGUGACUAAUCUAUGUGCCGUCUUCGUGCCCACUCUCACCAGCUGGGAGGGGGGUGAAGGAGAAAACGUUCCUGUGACUUGGCUUUAACCUGGGAGGAUAAUGGAGGUGGGAGCGGAGGGGGUUGACGGAUGAGGCGGGGCUGGUUGAGGUGGCUUCGGCAGCACUCAUUUUUUGCCAUCCUCUCUCGCCAGCUGUGCUGUGAAUAAAAACGCUGCGUCGAAUAUUCAGUGAGGACACUGCAGCCCAGCUAUCACACAGCCCAGGGCGACAGCAUCAAGGCGGGGAUCGUACUGCAGCUGCGUGUGUGUGAGGACUGGGACGGAUGUGGAGGGGGGGGGGGUGUUUUUGUGUGCACACAUAGGUGCUUAUUUGUGCUUAUAUUUGCAGUUUCCACUCAGUGGAUGGGUGCACGUGUGUCUGCUGCUGUGACAGGCUGUUUGUUUGGGCAAUGGGCACCUCCUCUAACAGAGAAUCGGAGCCCUGCAGUCAAGGCCAAUGAUGUUUGAGAUACGGCGAGCCAUUAGUGCCAAAUAGCGGUGCUCUUUCAAUCCGUCUAGAACAGAUAUAAUAUUAAAAAAAAAUCUUUGUUUGAUAAAUAACAGAGAUCGAAGACCCCCGCCAAAAAAAGAUAUCUUACACCAGCGAGUUAAAUUCAAACUCUUCCUUCCUCCUUGAACGCAGCCUUAUGGCUGUUUAAAAGGGGGGAAAUGUUGUUUUAUACGCCGCCCAUAAACAGAUAUUCAUUGCACAGCUGCAUAACAUGAACAUAUGAAGUAAAAAAAACUGCAAAAGCCGGCCGUACUUCACCAAAACGGCGUAUUAUGCACCAGCAAGUCCUACCAUUUUGAACGGGUCUUUCUGAGCGGUGAUCAUAACGGGAUUUAUCAGGUCAUCGAACGGCGCUUUAAAGCGCAUGUUUUACCUUGUGUACGGCAGUUUUUUCCAGCAGCUCAUAAUGGGGCGUAGCUUUAAAAAGUGGCGUUCCAUGUCCACUAAAAGUGUCCCAGAUCCUCCCGCUGGCAUUCUGGGAAUGUUCACUCAUCCUGUCAUAUAAAACAGCAGUUUUUAUGUCUUCGUUUUCCUUUUUUUUUUUCACCAGGCGGGUUGAAGAAGUACGCACACUAGGCACUAAUGUCCUGCCAUAUUAAGCGGAGACAGGGAGGGCCGUUCAUGACGACGGGCGGGUUGUUUGGGCCCCCACCGCAACACAAACACCUCAAGACCAACUGGUCCAGGUUUAUCUCCAGUCAGGGUGGUGCGUAACGUUUAUUCGACGACAGAGGACACCCGUCGUCCGCCGACCACAACCUGAACCAACAUCACCCCCGGACAGGCGCUGCUGAGUUAAAAGGCGACCCCAGCUUGAAGACUCGGGGAGGAUUCCGGGCGGCUCUUGCGUGUCGUUAACCUCUGAGUUAACAACCUGAGCAGCUGCCGGUGCUUUUCCGCGGCCCUGUGUUUUAACUCAGCGUGCGCCCCUCUGCAAAACUCAUCUAGAAGCAUAUAUUUUCGUUUCGGAUCGCCGCACCUCCAUUCAUCUACACCAGCUUAGGGAGUCAUUACUAAAUUACCGCAAAGCAUAUCUCAUUUUCAUUCAUUCUAGUGACCGCUUUAGUGUUAUUCAAAAUCUGGAGAAAUUAUUAAAAAAACAAAUAAACGAAACAAAAGGAAAAAAAGAAGAAAGAAAGAAAAAAAAAAAAACGAGUAAGCCGAGAAAUGUAAAUAUAUGGAUAGAGCCCAGAUAAGAUGUAAUUUCCACCUGAACACUGCUCAUGAGAAGAAUUUAAGAUUAGAUUUUUGUAAUGGAGGUUGUUUGUAAAUAGCCGUCUUUUUAAAGUGUGUUUUGUAUGAAUCCUUGCGAUCUAUUCUUUGUUUUCAUUUUCUUUUUCCUUUAGACUUUUAACUGAAUAUUGCAACAUGAGCUGUCUUUUACGCAGCAUCCAGUAUUGUCGAAAAAGUCUUUGUUACCACACGUGUUUUAAAAAUAUUAAUAAUUAUAAUAAUAAAAUAAAAACUAGGAUUCAGAGGUUUUUUUUUUUAUGUUGCCGUUCAACAGGAAUUUAUUUCAUCAGACUGAACCUUUGUCAACGGGUGGCUUUGAAAUGGAUAGGUUGCUGAAUCUGUGAGGACGUUGGGGGCAUACGCUUAACUCUGCAUAUGAAGACUGUGUUAUUCCGCUCCAUUUGCAUUACCUUCACCCUUGGCAACAUUAUAACAAAAGGAUGUUGGUCCAAAAUGAAGAGUCUGAUUUUUAGUUUUAAUAACUCCAGAGGGCCAGAGAUGGGAAGGACCCAGGAAAGGAGGGAGGAGGAGAAGUGGAGGAAAGAAAAGAAAAGAGGCCAUGUAUGAAAGUGUGACAGUUGUGCUCUCACCAAUAAAUCAUCUGGUUUACACUACUCAUUAUCUCCCAGGCGGUCUUUUGUUUUAAAUAUGCCCCCUCUCCUCCUUCUCUCCCUCCGCCCCUCUCCUCUGUCGUCCCCUCCUUCCUAAUUAAGCACAAGGAUGCUGUAGGAUGGUGUCUGCUAUUUUUUUCAAAGCCACAGUAUUAUAAUUUUUCUCUCUCUCAAUGUGCAUGUGAAAGCAAAACCUGUUGAAUUUGUUUUCCUUCUGUUUCGAAUCACAAAUGUUAUUUUAUGUUUCUUUUUUUUUUUUUUCUUGCCAUUCACUUAUUUACCGCUUCUCAGCGUAACCUGUUGGCACCAGCUACAAUGGAAACAACCUUCCAACAGUUUGGAAACUACAGCAUAUUGAUAAAUAAAAUUUUUUCCCAUGGAA